UUGAGGCAUUGGGACGUGUAUGCCAAGACUAAAAAACUCGGUUACUGGCGGGAAAGUAUUACGCGCGAACUUAUUUAUUUUUUAAACAUUUUUGACAGGUUUAUUUUUUUAAUAAAAUUGUAAAUACCUAAAUAAAAGUGUGUUUCGUUAAUUCUGUAAUUUAUUUGUUAAAAAGUAAUUUGUUUUGUGGGUGAAGUGAUGAGGGAGAAGAAUCAUUAAAUUACGUGCGACAAGUUCGUUUAUAAUAAAAUUGUUUUGGUUUCGGUGAGUGUAGUGUCUGUGUAUUAAAAAAUAUGGCUGACGCGGAAAAUUUGGGCGGGAAAGACGCCAUCAAAGAAGAAGAGGAGGAGGGCACAGAGUUGGAGUUGGAAGCUCUUUACAGAAGAUACUGCGUGAGACUGAAACACGCGCUGUUCGUGUCAGCUCUCUGUGUCACACUCUUCUGUUGUGUGUUCCUAUUGUGCGCUGUCUGUAUUCUGCAUUCACAUGAACUAUACAUGCAAACAAAAGCGAUCGCAUCACUAUCGGUUAUAACGUUCGUGUUAUCGAUAGUGUUGUGCCUCGCUUUGUUACCGGCGGCUCCAGAAUGGGAGGCUCUGGCGUUAGCUGGCUCUCUAUUGGUCACCGUGAGCCUCGGUGCUGGAACGCUGAUGGCCACUCAUCAUGCACCGCUGCCGCUUUUCGCUCUUAUAUUGAUGGUGCACACAAUGAUGCCUAUAGCUCGGCCGAUCGCCCUGGCAAUGUCGGCUGUCCUCACGUUAGCCUACAUUGGCCUAGCUUUGGGAGUCCGACCUGAAGGUGAAGAAACACAAUUUUAUCAGCAGCUGGUCUGCGAGCUAGCCCUCCUAAUAUCAGCCAGUGGCAUCGGUUUGUACUACCGAGCUUUAACAGAAAGAGCACAUAGGAAUACUUUCGCUGGCACCAGGACUUGCCUGGAGCAGCGAGUGAAACUGGAGUGUGAGAGAGAGCAACAGGAACGAUUGCUCCUCUCUGUCAUACCUGCGUAUAUUGCUGCUGAGGUAAGUGACAUUUUUGAUGAUGAUUUUUUGCAGGGUUGA